AUGGCUCAGCUGUGUGAAAAGUGUGUGAAGGUGCUUCAGGACUUCAUGUCCCUUGUGAAGAGGAUGUCCUCAAGUCUGAUACAGAACAUUAAGGAGUAUUUGAUUCUGAUAAGUGAAUGCUCUUGCCUAAAACGAAAGACCUCUGAAGCCAGACAGCUAUACAAACCUGUCCUUCAGCCACGUGAAAAGGAGAUGGCGCAAGAGUUUCUACAGCACAUUGAAACAGGUUUUGAAAUGUCACCAUUUGGAAAGGACUCCCUGGAAGCUCUGAGGACCUUAGCAUUUUCAGAAAACCCUGGUUUACAGCAGUCUGCUGCUCUGUAUUACUUGCAUAUGAGUCAGCACUUGAGCACCCAUCUGCCUGCUGAACAUUUGGAAUCCUAUUAUGCUUUACUGCAGCCCAGUGACAUGGAGGUUCAGCAGAUGUCUUCCUUGUCCCUCUUAAAAUUUUUGCUGGAAGAAAACAUCAACAAAGAACAAGUUGUCCAAAUUGGUUUACUUGAGCCAAUUCUGGAGCUGCUCGAGUCAGGGGACUCCACUGUCUAGUGCAACUCCUGUGCCUGCAUAAUGACUUUGGCUGUCUCAGAGUCCAACUGAGAGGCCAUCGGCUCAGCGGGAGUUAUACCCUUGCUGGCACUUGCCAACUCCUAUGAUCCUAGAGUCCAACAAAAUGCAGUUGGAGCUAUUCUCAAUCUCACACGAUCAGAACGGAUCCAGCAAGUCCUGUGCAGGGAAGGAGCCCUCCCUGUCCUCAUCCUGAUGUUAGAAUCUCCUGACUCAGAAGUACAGUAUUAUAGUUGUGCAGCUUUAAGCAAUGUGGCAGCCAACUCCCAGCACCAUGAAGCCAUGUUGCGAGUUGGGGACAAAUUCCUUCUGCGGACACUCAUUUCUCUCCUGUCUUCAUCUGUGGACAAGGUUUCAAGCCAGGCAUGUGUUUGUCUGAGGAACUUGGCCACAAGUGUGAACGUUCAGGCUGACAUCAUUGCUAUGGACAUCCUGCCCAAGCUGCUCUCUCUCCUUGCAUCUAGCAAUUCAGAUGUUCAACAAGCUUCUAUUGCACUGCUCUGGAUAUUAUCCCAACACCCAGCCAACCAGGACGCUUUAAUGCAUGGAGAGGUGCUGCAGAAUCUGGGGGUGCUACUGUUAACUCACCAAACGGACCCAGGGAUCGUUAGUCACACUGCCUGUAUCAUAAAAAAUCUGGGCCUUUGCAAAAACAUACAGGGAAUCACUGAAAGUCCAUGUGUGGAAGGACUCCUCCAGGCUAUCCUGUUUACUGAAAUUCAAGAAGAAUCUCUUAAUUACAUGACAUGUUCUCUUGGUGAGCUGGCAAAGCAUGAAGGUGCUACUUUACACUUGCUAGAAUGGAUGAAUGAACCCCUGAUAAAGCGCCUAGUGAGAUUGGCUGGGCAACGGGAACAUACAGAGCCAUCAUUUCAAGCUGCCUCCAUUGUCCGACACAUGAUAUGUCAUGAUAAAGUGUUGUCUCUGCUGAAAUGCCACAUGAAGGAAGUUCAGUGCUACCUCAUGAAUUUUCUAAACCACCAAGAGAUUCGCUUUCAGCAGCUGGGUAUUUCUACGCUGGGCAAAUUACUGGAAGAUCCAGAAUUUUCAUCUGCAUUCAACCAGAGUCAAUUAAUGGAACAUCUUGAGCAAAUCCGUCAGACAGAAGAAACUCAGGAGCUCCUUAAGAUGGCUACCAGCCACAAAGGCAGUUAACAUUUUAUUUACUCACCUCAUGAAAUGCUAUUCCAGCCUGCAGCCUGAUCCCUCAGAAAGAGUAACUUUUUUUUUUUUUAUUACUACUUCUCAUAGCCAAUAUUUUCCUACCACUUGCAGUUCCACCCAACACAUAAUGACCCGGUGGAACCAUGUACUUUAUACGGCCUUGAUGUUUUGAUAAUGGAGUACGGUCUAGAGAAAAGUUUGAAAAAACAUGUCAACUUACUCUAUUUAAAAUGUUUAAUGGCUACAUCUAUAUUUCUGCCAUGUACAUGGCUGAUAAAAUACCCAAUAUUGGCUAAACUUUGCAUGCAUCUUUUUGAACAUACAGUAAGCACUGUGUGUGUGUGAGGCUUUUUAUGUAAAAACCAAGUUUUAUUAAACACACG